AUGGACGCUUUCAGAUUGUUGACUCGGUCAACGAAGUUCAAGUCGGCCACGCCGGCUACAGAGUCUGCUGCGCGUCUGCCUUCAGCGGGCAAAGCCGCCAACCCGCAACUGUUCCGGACGGAGGAAGGCGAGAAGCUUGAACUUGCGCAGAGUAACAAGAAAAGAAAGAGAGCACCUGUCGCAAACAAUGAAGAUGGAGAUGAUGCGCCUGAACUAGACUUUUUCAACUCGAACAAACGCUCUGCGCCGGCUGCGACGGAAAAAUCUACCGCCAAGCCCGACCAGCAGCAAGCAUCAGCUCAAGACGAUGGAUCAGAUGACGAGGAGGCUAUGGACGAAGUCCAGCGUCGCACUAUCCUGAACUCGCAUAAGAUCAAAGUCACCGAUCUCCGCGAUCUGGACGAGAUUCAGUCUCAGCCUGCACCUGCAAAGGACUCCAAGAAGAAAAAGAAGAAGUCCAAGCAGGAAGAAGCUCCCACUCUCAGCAAGAAGGAGAUGAAGCGUGCUCGUCGCAUUUAUCCUCAGCCAUUGCUUUCUUUCAAGGAGCUGCGCUCGAAAUACAAGAUUUCGAGCCGCCUCGCCGCGAAUGUCGCCGAGCAGGGAUUUACUGUGCCCACGGAGGUGCAGUUGGGAACUCUUCCCAUCAUGCUUGGUGGUUCUUCGAUCGCCACUGAAAACCAGGCGGAGCCAGAUCUUUUGGUCGUUGCUCCCACCGGGAGCGGAAAGACGCUAUCAUUUUUGAUUCCCGCCAUCAACAAGAUUGUUCGCCAUCAUCACACCAAACCUGAUGAGCAUGGAAUUUCAGCUGUGGUUGUGGCGCCUACCAAGGAGCUUGCCAGCCAGAUUGUUAACGAGGGCCGGAAAUUGGUGGCUGGCACUGGUGUGAAGAUUACACUCAUGAAGAAGGGCAUGCGGGUGGUGGAGCAGGACGAGGAAGGCGAUGCGAAUGUCCUCGAUGAAGAGAGUGAGGGAUCUGAUGAAUCUGACCAAGAAGAAGAGAGCAAACCCAAGAAGGCCGAGAACAAAUCGCCUCUCACCAAGAGUGACAUCCUGCUGGUCAAUUCCUUGUCCGCAAAUCAGACUAAGCCUCUGGGCAAACUGCCCUUGGUACGAAGCCUGGUGCUGGACGAGGCAGAUGUUCUCAUGGACCCAUUGUUCCGGGACCAGACACUCGAUAUCUGGCGCUCAUGCGUGCAUCCAGACCUGCGCGUCAGCUUGUGGUCCGCCACCAUGGGCUCCAACAUCGAAGAUCUCACUCGCUCCACGAUCAAAGAGCGCCUGGAAAACCUUGGCCAAAAUAGCGACAAGCUUUACCCCCUGGUUCGCCUUGUUGUCGGUCUCAAGGAUUCGGCCGUUCCUAAUAUCGACCACCGUCUCGUCUACGCAGCAACCGAACAAGGUAAGCUGCUCGGUCUUCGACAGCUGCUUCGCCCAACCGCAGCUGCAGCAAACGAUAUCCGUCUCCGACCCCCAUUCCUCAUCUUCACACAAACUAUCCCCCGUGCAAUUGCCCUGCAUUCGGAAUUGAAAUACGAUAUCCCCGCCGAAGCAGGAGGAUCAUCGCGCAUUGCCGUACUCCACUCCGACCUCUCAGACAUCCAGCGCUCAGAAAUCAUGCGUGACUUCCGCAAAGGCGAGAUCUGGAUCCUCGUCACAACAGACGUCCUCGCCCGUGGUCUCGAUCUCCGCGGCCUGAACGGCGUCGUCAACUACGACAUCCCCAACUCUGCCGCUGUCUACGUCCACCGCGUCGGACGUACCGGACGCGCUGGUCGCGAGGGCGGUAUCGCUGUUACAUAUUACACCAAGGAAGAUAUUCCCUACGUCAAGAGCAUUGCGAAUGUCAUCGAUGCCAGCGAGAAGCUGCGUGGAACCGAUGGCAAGAAGUCUAUUCAGAAAUGGCUGCUUGAGUCACUUCCCGACUUGAGCAAGAAGGAUAAGCAAGAACUCAAGAAACACGGUGUCAAGGCUCGCCAGGUCUCGAAGAACCUCGGCAAGGACGAAAAUGAGAAGGGCUCCCGCGCUGCAAGAAUCAGUACGAAGAGUGGUUACGAGCGCCGCAUGGAGAACCGCAAGAGGGGUGCUAUUGCUGCUAGUCGCAAUCGCAAGGCGGAGGGCGGAGCUGUAGGAAAUGAGAGUGACGGAAGCUGGGAUGGAUUGGACGAUUAA